UUACAGUAUUUAAAAAAAGCGAACGCACGCAAACUUUCUAAACGUCAGUUACAAGACCUCGAAACUUUCUAGUUUUUCUAGUUUUCUUCUUUUGAAGUUUCGCCUGCAGCUAUUAAUUAGAUCCCAUAUCCGGCGCGCGUUCUAAUUCUUUUACAACUUACGAUGAGUGUUUAACAAAGCCAGUGUCAGUAAAAAUGGUGCCCCAACAGCAAAGAAGAAGGAGGAGAAGGGCCGCUUUGGUUCGGACUUCGGAGCGUCGUGUUGUGGUCGCGAGAGGCCCUGGAGGGUUUGGGUUCACUAUAGCGGGGCAGCGGCCUUGUGUAGUGUCUGCCGUAGCGGCUGGAGGGCCGGCGGAGCGGGCUGGUCUGCGCGCAGGGGACGCUUUGAUUGCCGUCGACGGGGCGAACGUAGCGCGAGCUCCUCACGCCUCUGUGGCUCGGCUGGUGGCCGCAGCGCCGGGGGCGAUCGCUUUGAGCGUGGCGCCGCGGGAGGCUCCGCCGACGGACACGGAGGAUACUGAGCCAGAUGAGCGGGCGCGGACUAGGCGACGGCACCCACCGCCGAGGCGCCGCCCGCCUGCAAUGCUACACCACCCAGCAUGCCACGCUCCAAGCACAUCCAAUGACAUCCUCCAACUGAGCCGCGCGCACCUCACGCCGGCCCAGGCCGCGCGGCUCGAGUGCCGCGCCGUCGUCGGCUACCUCGGCACCAUCGAGACCCCCAGCGCCGCCGCCAGCACUGCCCCUGGCAACGUCCGCUCCGCUGUACGCAAGCUCAGACAAGAGCGACGACCAGCCACACCUGUGUUAUUAUCUGUCUUACCUAACGCGUUAAAUCUUAGGCGCCCAGGUGGUCAAAUCCUUGCCCAAUAUCAGAGAGAAAGAAUACUCUACGCUGGAUGCGGCUCAGACGCUGACAGAAGAUAUUUUGGACUUGUAACGGCAGCGGAGACUGAAGAACAAGUAGAAGCGUCACAUAGUUGCCAUGUUUUUGCUGUAGACCCUAGAAUGGCAGAGCAUGAAGCGCAUAUACCUCGAGCGAGAGAGUUCCAACUAACUUGUACUAGAGAUGCAGUUGCUGAGAGGUGUUUAGAGUUCCCACCGUCAGCGGAGUAUGUAGUUGGAGUUGUCAAAGGAAUGUAUUCCUUACCGGCUGAUGAUAACAGCCCAAAUCUAGCGCAGAUAUCAAAGCUAGCUAUUAAAGGCGAUAGUCCCGCGUUUGGUAACUUCUCUAGAUGCAAUAGAGCCGUUUUUAGAGUGCCCAGAGAAAGACGGCCGUGUAGGCACGAUGAUAGACUAGAAAGGCUUGAAGGUCAAGAAUUCAUCGCUAACUCUCCACAGCCAAGUAAUCAUAGCGAGAUAACGACUACGUCUUCUAACAGUGAUUCUGGUAUAGGCUUUCAUAAUGACUGUAGGAAUAUCGCUGACCGGAUAUUGGUAGUUGAUUUCGCUGGGCCUCAACCUCCAGUGAACAGGUUUAGACAGGAAAUGCCCAGGCGUCCUUUAGGGCUGGUUGGCUGUAGUUUUGAAGAUGGUUCUUUCCUGUCUAACACAACUCCUGUAGUAGAUGGCUUCGCCGGACAAGGCAGGCCGUUGAACUCGGAUGAUGUGCUUAACUCUGAUCUCCAAGCAAGACAUGUGAGCCCUAGAAGUGAGGAGGAUAAUUACAACUACAACGCGUAUGGUGUCGCUUCAACUUCGGGCUCUAGGAGUUUCCAGAAUGGAGUAGUGUAUGAUCAGGGUUUCCAUAUUAACUAG